CCUGGAAGAUGUUGUUGUCUAAGUGUACUUUUCUUACUAAAAAACUAGACAAAUCAUUUAUCUUGCCAAAGCAAAUCACAAGAUGUCUUAGCAAUCAUAUCCCGAGGAGAUCGUUUCUUUAUAUGCCGGGAAAUGACGAGAGAAAAGUUAAAAAAGCUGCAACUUUAACUGCAGAUUGUGUUGUAUUGGACUGUGAAGAUGCAGUUGCCUUUAACAAAAAGGAAGAAGCCAGAAACACAGUUUGUUGUCUUAUGAGUGAGUUACAGUUUGGUAGAAGUGAGGUUUGUGCUCGUAUUAAUUCAAUUAGCAGUGGAUUAGCUGAAGAAGAUCUAAAGGCAAUCCUUACAGCAAAAGUACUUCCUCAUACUGUUGUUGUACCAAAGGUUGACUCUCUGGAAGACAUGAGAUGGAUAAGUAACCAAAUCAGUACACUAAUGAAAGAAAGAACAGAAAAAAUUGGUCUUAUUACACAAGCUGAAAGUGCAAUAAGCCUACUCAACCUAAGAGAUGUUUGCAUUUAUGGUACAAGUAAUGACAGACCAUUCAUUCUUCAUGCCAUCAUAUUUGGCUCAGAUGACUUUCUGGUCAGUAUUGGAGGAACAAGAACAAAAGAUGCCAAGGAAUUGAUUUAUGCUCGGCAAGCUGUUGUCGUUCAUGCAAAGGCCUAUGGACUGCAAGCUAUUGAUUUGGUUCAUAUUGACUACAAAGACCUGGAUGAUCUUAAGAGGCAGUCAGAAGAAGGAGCAAGAACGGGCUUUACUGGUAAACAGAUAAUCCACCCUGGACAGAUAGAUAUUGUCAAUAAAGCUUUCUCACCAAGUGAAGAAAAGAUCAAAUGGGCAAGGGAGUUGCUGGAUGCUUUUGAACAGAAAGAACAGACAGGCAAGGGUGCCAUCACCUUCCAGGGAAGUAUGAUUGACAUGCCGUUGGUUCUACAAGCAAGAAAUGUCAUAGCUUUAGCUGAAAAUAUGGAAACAUCGACUUCGUAAUACAAGCCUUUGAGGUCUGUAAAUAUCAGUAGGAAACAUGGUUCGUAGCUUACGAAAUUAAGUUCGACAAAUUAUUUCCUUCAUUCAAUACUUAGAUUCUUGUGAAGACGUCCUUCCUAUGGUCAGUUUAGAAAGUGUAAAUUCUGUUCGUCAAAGUCUAUUUUUUCUUYGUGGCCCAUCCUAUUUUGCAUUUGGCAUCCUUCCUGCCGCCCAAGAAGCGAGAGAACGAGGAGAGACUCUACAGGGAAAAGUUCAUUGUAAAUUUUAAAGAAAAGAUCAACUCAGGGAACUAAAAGAAUUAGAACAAAUGCAAGCUCCAAACCAGACCGAUUUAUAUCUAUUUAMAAAAUAACUGUGAAUGUUAAUAUGAUUCAGCAACUGCCAAUAACACUGAUACAAGUAUUCCAGUUUUGCCAUCGCAAUCUUAGAUUCUAUUGUAGCAAAAGCUUGCAGCGUCUUUUAUUCUCAUUGUUGCAAAUAAACGUUGAAACAGUCAUUUAAAACUUUCUGCAACCUGUUUUUGCAAGACACAUUAAACCAACUGCAAUUUCC